AUGGCUCAAGUUUUCGAGGUAAAUAAAGACGUGACGAGCGAGCACUUUCGUGCUGCCGCCACAGCAUCGAGCUGGCGAAAUGGUGAGAGUGCCGGCCGUCCUUUGCACUUCAACAUCAGCAAACGCGGCUGCUUCAGCUCUCGACCGUCCGUCGACGAUGGAUCGGAGCUCAACGACGUUCAUGUAGAAAGCUGUACAGGUCGUCAGACAGCUUUUGUAGGACACAAGCGCUCCCCCCGCUCGACACUACACGCAGUGGUUGCGUCCAUCUGCAGACACUUUAGCACAAGCUCUGGUGGCUUCUAUCUCACGCCCUCUUUAGCUAAAAGCGCCAACGUGCUCUGAUAAAUUAUCAGUCGUAGCUCAAAUAUCCGAUCUGCAGGCGAUGGAGGAUAAUCCACGCAACCAAGAC